UUUAUAAGUUAUUAAUUUUUUAUAAAAUAUUUUUUUGGUAUAUAUAUCAGACUAUUUUCAACAUUGUAUACAAUGUCUUGGCAAGACUAUAUCGACCAAAAUCUUAUUGGGAGUGGCAACAUGCACAGCAGCGCAAUUAUUGGGCUUAAGGAUGGUUGUUAUUGGGCUCAUGGAGGAGCUUAUGUUCCACAGACAGAAGAAAUCAAGCUGAUUCAGAAGUCAUUGGAAAAUCUAUCACUAAUAAAUUCUUCUGGAAUUAUUAUUAAUGGGGUUAAGUUUUUCGGGUUGCAAUCCGGCGUUGAUGGUAAUUCUACUUUUAUUUUUUCAAAAAAGGGGCUGCUGGAGGAUGCAUUUAUACGACGAAACAAGCAUUCAUUAUUGGCGUUUAUGGUAAUCCUGAUGCUGUCAAUUCUCUUCAGGAAGGUCUUCAAGGUCAAAAUACAGAAGAAAAAGUAGUAAACCCAGCCUUAUGCAAUUCAUCUGUUAAAUCUAUUGCCGAAUAUUUGAUUAAAUUGGGAUAUUAAAGACCAAUUAAAACAUAUAAAUCCCUUUUAUAUUUUAUUGAUGAUAAUAUAUAUUAUGAUCCUUGAUAUAAAUUAUGUAUCCUUAUUUUUUCAGAUCCAUUAUCAGUUAUUAUCGAAUUAUCUUAACAAAAUAUCGGUUAUUAGCCAAAAAAA